AUGGUAUCAAGAGAUGUAACUAUUCAUGUAGCACCAGGAGAAUUAUUAGAUAAUACAAGUUAUAAUGGGAAAGAUUUUUCAAGAAUCUUUUGUAUUCAACGAUUAGUAAAAGUAAGUAUCAUUGAUAAAGAAGGAUUAGAAGGAACAUUAAAACAAAGUGUUAUUUAUCCAGGAAUAAUUAAAUACUUUAAAGAUAUCAAAGAAAAUAUAGUAACUAAAUGUGUUAUAGUAAAUAUUACAAGUGAAGGAUUGUUUUUAAGAUUCUUUAAUUCUAAUAUUCGAGGAUUAUGUCAUUGUAGUAAAAUAGAAGAUAAAAAAUUAACAAAGAAAGAAAUGGAAAAGAGAUUUAAAAUUAAAGAUGUCAUAAUGGCAAAAGUAGUUCAUAUUGACAAGAAGAAACAUCGAGUUAAUUUUAGUAUCAAACCAGAAGAUGUAGGAGAAGUAGAAAUGAAAGAUGAAGAAGAAACAAUAGCUAUUGAUCCAUGGAAAUUAGCAUUAAAAAGAAAAGAACAAAAAAGAAGAAAUGAAGAAAAAGAUAUUGCAAUUAAAGAAGAAAUGAAAGAUGAAGAAUUUAAAGAAGGAGUAGAAGAUGAGGCUAACAUAGAAUGGGAUGAUCCUACUAAAGAAGAAGAAAAACAUGAAAAUACUACUAUGGAAGAGGAAGAAGAAAUAGAAGAAGAAGAUAAAGAAGAAGAAAAUAUGGAAGAAGAAGAUAAAGAAGAAGGAAGUAUGGAAGAAGAAGAGGAAAGUGAAGAAAUUGUAUUAGAUUUAGAUGAAUGUCAAAAAGGAGUUGAAAAAGACCCAGAUAAUUCAAUAGAAUGGAUUAAAUUAAUGCAAUGUUUCAUUCAAAGAAAAGAAAUAGAUGAAGCAAGAAAAGUAGGAAAGACAGGAAUAGAAAGUAUCAAUUUUAGAAAAUUAGAAGAGAAAUUAAAUAUUUGGAAAGCAUUAAUGCAAUUAGAAGCUAAUCAUGGAGAUGAAAAGAGUUUAAAGAAAGUAUAUAAUGAGGCAUUAGAGGUAUGUGAUAGGAAGAAAAUCAUGCUUCAUAUGAUUCACAUUUACAAAGAAAAGAAAGAGGUAGAAGAAGAAGAGAAAAUCUUCAGAACAUUAUUUAAGAAAGUUAAAGGCAGUUGUAAAGUAUAUAAGAAAUACUGUAAUUUCCUAAUGAGAAACAACAGAGAAGAAGAAAUCAAAAACACAUUAAGCAAAGCAAAAACAACAUUAGAUAAAAAGAAAAUGAUAAGUUUAGAAAUUCAUAUUGCCCGAUUAGAAUAUAAAUAUGGAUCAGUUGAUAAAGGAAGGUCAAUGUUUGAAGAUAUUUUAACAAACAAUCCAAAACGACAUGAUGUUUGGAAUAUUUAUAUUGAUAUGGAGAAAGAAGUAGGAGAUGUAGGAGUAAUAAGAAGAAUAUUUGAACGAAUAGUUAAACAAAAACUAAGUACAAAGACAAUGAAAACAUUCUUAACUAAAUACUUAGAAUUUGAAAGAAAAUAUGGAGAUGAAAGUAGACAAGAACAUGUUAGAGACAUUGCUAAAUCAUUUGUUUCAACAAAAUGA